UUAGGAUCAAUCUAUCAUAUCUAGUGAUACCAAGUGAGAUCAGCUCUGAGAAUUCCUGCAGAAAUAGUGAUGAAUAUUUUGGUGGCCGAUAUACUGUAAUGAUGAGCACUGAUAAUUCUGCUUUGAGCUCAAGAGCAAGGUAUUCAAAUGAUCUAAAUUCCCCCAGGUCAAUGUCUCUGCACACAUACUGUGCAGAGAAAAUGGCUGCAAUCCCUCCUCCCUUCUUAUUUUCUCUGACUGACUGAGGAAUCAUCUACAGAACCAUAGAACCAUAGAACCGUAGUCACUAAGAACCUGCAGUGCCCCAUAUGUUUGGAUCUGAUGAGCCUGCCUGUGACCACAAAGUGUGAUCACCAGUUCUGCAAGUUCUGCAUGCAGAAGCUCCUGGACAGAAGCCGACGGCGGGAAGCAAACUGUCCCGUCUGUAAAACCAAAGUCACCAAACGGAGUCUUCAGGAGAGCACAGCGUUCCAAAGGCUGGUUGCUGAACUGCAGAAACUGGUGGAGGCCUACGAGUACGACACCCGCACUAACUAUUUCACUGGUUUGGCGCAGAGAAGGAAACCUGGCAGUGAUGAGAUCAGGCAGCAGACUGAGGAGUUUGUGGACAUGGAGACCCCAGGGCCUGAUGGGAUACGAGGAGCUGAUGGGAGCGCACCAUCAAUGACGUCAUCUCGAGCAGCUAAGGAUGCCUUUGCCCAGCUGAUGGACCUCGGAGACUCCUGCUCUGCUACUUCAGACAGUGGCCUCGGACAUCUGCCUGAAGCCUCUGUACCCAAAGAUGAUGACUCUCCCACGUCUGCAGUAAGAGAAGAUGAUCCACCCUCAGAGACGGUUGACCUUCCCCUGCUGGUCGAGGGAGGACAAGACCAGUCCGUGGCAGCUGGCCGAGAGGAUGCCGUCCUCUCCGCCUCCAGGCCUCGCCAGCAGUCUGCCGCAGCGGAGGAGGCUGGGUCGCCUGAGAGGGUUGUGGUCCACGCCAAGAGACAGACCAGGUCUUCACGGAUGCUGGCUGCCAAGCAUCAUUCUGUUGAUGAGGAAGAGGUGGUUCUCCGGAGGUCUAGUCGAACAAACAGGACGCUGGUGGAUCGGAUCGUGGACGGCAGGCAGAAGAGGAGCCUGGAAAAAGUCUCAGAAUGGUUGCUGAGGUUUCCCCCAGAAGGACCAAUCGCUGACGACCGGGAGAAGCAGUUUCCCCCAGAAGGACCAAUCGCUGACGACCGGGAGAAGCAGCAGAGCACCGACCCGAGGCAAGACAACCAAUCAGAGAACGAGCACGUGCUCGGAGGGAGCAGCAGCUCUUCCUCAUACGCAGAUACAGAUAGCUUAGCCAAUCAGAUGACGGACAGUCCAGCCCACCACAUGAUGGACAGGACAACCAAUCAGAUGAUGGACAGGACAACCAAUCAGAUGAUGGAUAGGCCAGCCAAUCAGAUGAUGGACAGGACAACCAAUCAGAUGAUGGAUAGGCCAGCCAAUCAGAUGAUGGACAGGACAACCAAUCAGAUGAUGGAUAGGCCAGCCAAUCAGAUGAUGGACAGGCCAGCCCAUCACAUGAUGGACAGGACAACCAAUCAGAUGAUGGACAGGCCAGCCAAUCAGAUGAUGGACAGGCCAGCCCAUCACAUGAUGGACAGGACAACCAAUCAGAUGAUGGACAGGCCAGCCAAUCAGAAUGAGAAGAGCGGGAGGGCGCUGGAAGAGCAGGUGUUUGGGGCCUCGUACUGUCGGGGCCGCGGAAGAGUGCAGUGGAAGAGGAGAGCCUCGCGUGAGAGGGCGGCAGGCGUCUCUUGUGAUCCAGAUCAGGAUCCAUCGGAGAUCUCUGCUGUACCAGAUCCCAGAGGAGCCCCCGAGGACCCAGAACUGCAGGCCCAAGAGAGAGAGAAGCCCAAGAGGAAGCGGCGGUCCAGCGCCCUGACGCCGGCAGACUUCAUCAAGAGGCCCUGUCUGGUAGCAGAGCCAGAGGCAGAGCCAGAACCUGAGCCGGUGCUGGAGGAGUCUGCUGCCCGGGACCCAGAUGGGUCGGGCCCAAGCACGCUUGGAAGUCUCCCCGGUGAGGAAGAACCAGAACUCGGACCGGACCCAAAGCAGCGAGGCCCCCCCGAGGCCAGGGGUCAGGAUGGUGAACGCUCGGCGAGCGACGGGUCGGCGUUUGAAGUGAACGUGAGAACGAGGGGACAGCGGACACGCAAAGCGAAGAUGAAGAUGCAGGACACCUGGACGGACCUGGACGGCGCCCUGAGCUCAGACGUGCGGGGGAGACGACACCCCAAGCAGAAGGACGCCGGACGCAAGAGGACGCAGAGGGACGAGAAGAAGACAGACGAGAGGAAAGAGCCGCUGAAGGCCACCCGGGCCCUGAUGCUGGUCAACACGGGGGGGGGAGAACACCGCCCCCUAGAGGUGCAGGCGAGUCGGGCGCCGCCGCAGCGGAAGGCAGAGGCCCAGAUCGAGAGCUACCCCAGCAGUGGGGAGGCGCUGCUGAGCCCCGUCGCCCGGGUAACCCAGCGGAGCAGGAGGCUCUUGGACUUCACCAAGGAGGUGCAGGGUGUGCCGAGGAGGAGGACCAGAGCUGCCACAGCUAAAGCGCUGACAACAGACCAACGCACCAGUCCAGAUCAGAGCCAUCCAGACCGCAUCAGUCCAGAUCACCGCAACGCAGACCGCACCAGUCCAGAUCACAGCCAUCCAGACCGCAUCAGUCCAGAUCACAGCCAUCCAGACCGCACCAGUCCAGAUCACCGCAACGUAGACCACUCAGAGGAAGAGCAGUCCAGAGCUGCGACGGCUGAGGCGGUAACACCAGGCCACGCCAGUGCGAAGGCUGCUGAGGAGGUGCAGAACGAAUCGACGAGAACAAGAGACGCAAGAGCCACGGUAUCGAUAGAACGCCACUCUAACACCGGGCACUCGACAGACGACAGGGAUCAUGGGGGGGACAGAACCGGAGCGUCCCGCUCGCCGCCACAGAACCAUCCAGGCUCGGCUCCGAGACGGAAUGGAUGUGUGUGUGAGCGCGAGAUAGACGACAUCGAGGAAAUGGAGGUGGUGGAAGAAUCAGCCCUGAGCGAGGCGAGAGACGAGACGCAGUCGGCCGCAGUUGUUCCACACACACAGAUCCCCACCCCCCCAACACACACACAGACCCCGACCCCCACCCCUACCCCCACCCCGACACACACUCCGAGAGCCCCCCCAGCGGCGGCCCAGGUGCGCUCUGGGAGUCUGCUGGCCGCAGUUGUUCCACACACACAGACCCCUACCUCCCCAACACACACACAGACCCCGACCCCCACCCCGAGACCCCCCCCAGCGCCGGCCCAGGUGCGCUCUGGGAGUCUGCUGGCCGCAGUUGUUCCACACACACAGACCCCUACCCCCCCAACACACACACAGACCCCGACACACACACAGACCCCCAACCCCACCCCGAGACCCCCCCCAGCGCCGGCUCAGGUGCGCUCUGGGAGUCUGCUGGCCGCAGUUGUUCCACACACACAGACCCCUACCCCCCCAACACACACACAGACCCCGACACACACACAGACCCCCAACCCCACCCCGAGACCACCCCCAGCGGCGGCCCAGGUGUGCUCUGGGAGUCUGCUGGACGCGGUGGUUCCACACUCCAGAAGCCCAGCGGAGGCAGUGUUCCCAUUCUCUCCCCCUGGGGUCUCCCUCCAGCAUUCUCCUCCCUCUCCUGUCGGUUCUCCUCCCUCUCCUGUCGGUGCUCCAGAGGUGGUGUUCCAGAAGGAGCAGCAUCUGGACACUCUGGGGAACCCCACGAGGGAACCCGUGAGUCCAAAGGUGGAGGUGGAGGAGGAGGAGGAAGAGGAGGUGGUGGAGGAGAACGAGAACAACGACGACAGCGAGCUCGACACAGAGCUGCUUCUGAAGAGUUUCAGAGGCAGCAAGCGGAAGUCCUUCCAUCUGGGCCCGCCCCCCUGCCACCUGCCCGAGAGCCCCAGAGGGGGUAUGCCUGAUACUCCAGGACUGGAGAGAGGGGCAGAGAGCCCCAGAGGGGGUAUGCCUGAUACUCCAGGACUGGAGGGAGGGGCAGACACCCAGCCUGGCGCUUGUCGGUCUGGGUCGGGUCCAAACCUAGUGGAGGAGUCCGAGACGGCAGCGAUGUUCUCCUGUGGCAGUGACGUGGUGCCUCCGUCAAACCCGCUGCAUGAGUGGCGCGGUGCUGAAAUGCCCCAGGUGGGGUAUCAAGGCACUGGUGGUCUGGCAUCUGCUCCUGGGUGUGUGUCACAUCCCUCUGGGCACCGGGGCAUCCUCUCCCCUGAGUGUGUGUCCGACACACAAGGGAUGGACUCAUGUUCCCUCCUCCUCCCCCCCGGCCACCAGGAGCAGCAGCAGGAGGCCCCCAGAGUGAUGGACGCAGAAGAGCAGCACCCCAAACCUGCUCAGAACACACCUGCUGCCCUCAACACACCUGCUGCCCUCAACACACUGAACACACCUGCUGCCCUGAAGCUGCUGGUGCCCCAGCAGGCCUGUGAGCAGCAAGGCCAAUCACUCGAGUCCUCUAUGACCCCAGAGGGCCUGGUGCCGCUGGACGCAGAGGGUCAUGUUCCGCUGGACGCAGCCGAUCCUCUCUGUUGUGCGGUGAGGGUGAGUGUGGAGGGGGAGGACUCUUUCUCUCAGCCCUGCGCUGUGAGGAUGAGGAAGGGGCGGAGAGCUCGUCGUCUGGAGUCGUCCGAUUCGGAGCUCAGCAGUGAGGAUGAGGACCUGCCCUCCCUGCAGCAGAUAUUCAGACCUAGAGCUCCACCGCAGCCAAUCAGCCAACAGGGGCGGGCCCCCGUGAACCCCACAGCUCCACCGCAGCCAAUCAGCCAACAGGGGCGGGGCCCCGUGAACCCCACAGCUCCACCGCACCAGGAGAUGCCCUCCCUGACCCCAGAUGAUCCCGAGAGGGAGGCGUCUGAGUGUGAUGUCAUCCCCUGCAGCUUGGAGCCGCCGCCCCCCAGCAGACACUGCCCCCCACAGGCCAGGAGGGAGACUUCAGCAAAAGGAGAGGGGGCGUGGCAUGGAGACGGGGAGGGGCCUGAUGACUGGGUGGGCGGCAGCCAAGGGUCUCAGGACCUGUUUGGAACCCCAGAGGAGGAUGACCCUAACCCUAGAUCUACUGAGGCGACUCCUCUAGACGGGGAGAUAUCUACUGAGGCGACUCCUCUAGACGGGGAGAUAUCUACUGAGGCGACUGAUCUCGAUGGGGAGAUAUCUACUGAGGCGACUGAUCUAGACGGGGAGAGAUCUACUGAGGCGACUCCUCUAGACGGGGAGAUAUCUACUGAGGCGACUGCAGGGGAGUUCUCCCAGUACUCCAGUGACAUCAUCAACACACAGCAAAAGGUGGAGAUGCAGGCGGAGCUACAGAGGCUGGAGCAGAUGAUGUCACUCGUCUCUGAAGCCCUCAAGCAGAAAGAGGCGGAGCCAGGGCCCACAGCACUGGGAGUGGCCAGGGCUGAGGCAGCCUAUGGGAUUCAGGGGGCGGAGCCGAUUGCAAGUUCACUUAGAUCCCCCAAUCAACGGCUGCCCAGCAACCUAGACGAACAACGGAACACACACACGAGAGAACACACACCCUCCAGGGAAGGGGGCUCUGCUGGUCUGACUGACCCACCUCCAGAUGGCCUGGGACACACUCCACCCAGAGACACACCGCCACUGGGACGGCGCUGCACUAGGAGAUCUGGUAGUCAUGACAACAGGGGAAGCCAGAGUUCAGAGGGCAGAGUGGAAAGGUCACCAGCAGCCGCUUCCACCAGGCCCCACCCACUGCAGCUGGUGCUGUCAGGACUCAGCGGCCCACAGCAGGUGGAGGUGAAGAGGUUGGCUAAGAGGAUGGGGGGCAGCGUAACCCCCCAGGUGACGUCCAGCACCACCCACGUCAUCAUCAGGACAGACGAUGGGCUGGUGUGUGAGCGCACACUGAAGUACUUCCAGGGCAUCGCCAACAGGAAGUGGGUCGUCAGCUACCUCUGGGUCUCUGAAUGUCUCAGACAGGAGAAGCUGGUCGAUGAGGUGGAGUUUGAAGUGUGUGGGGAUGUGGUAAAUGGGCAGAACCACAGAGGACCUCAGAAAGCACGCUGCACCCAACCAGACAAUUUGCUGAUGAGGGGGUUUGAGAUCUGUUUCUAUGGCCCUUUCACUGGAAUGACCACAGGUCAGAUGCAGGACAUGGUUGAGCUGUGUGGAGGUGUUGUGGUGGAAGACCCUGUUCACUUCUCCAGGAGGUGUUCUUCCCAGCUUCUGAUUGUCCAGUCUGAUCCAGAAUCUGAAACCAACUUCAGAGUCAGAGAUUUGCCAAGAAGUGCUUUGGUGGUGAACCGUGGUUGGCUACUGGAUUCCAUAGCAACCUACACCCUGCAUGACCUGGAGAACUACUGACCACUCCCCCCUAACGCUGGCCACUCCCCCUCAACGCUGACCACCCCACCCCCCAACGCUGACCACUCCCCCUACACCCUGCAUGACCUGGAUAACUACUGACCACUCCCCCCUAACGCUGGCCACUCCCCCUCAACGCUGACCACCCCACCCCCCACCCCCCAACGCUGACCACUCCCCCUACACCCUGCAUGACCUGGAUAACUACUGACCACUCCCCCCCAACGAUGGUCACUCCCCCAGCGCUGACCACUCCCCCCUAACGCUGGUCACUCCCCCCAAACGCUGACCACUCCCCCUACACCCUCCAGAAACCUGAGGGUGACAAACCAGAGGCUCCACCCCCAGACUUGACUCCUCCUUCUAAACUGUGAUGUCACACAGUGCAGGGACUCGAGGGAGCCGGGGCACAUGGGACUGAUGGCAGGGUUCUUCAGGGUUUAUGACCUGUUUCAGGGGGCAGCAGAAGAACUCACACACACACACACUCUUUCUCUCUCACACACACACACACUCUUUCUCUCUCACACACACACACACAC